AGCGGCGGCAUCGGCAGGCGCCGCCGGGACCGGCACUGGCGCGCGGCUCGGGCGGGCGCCGGCUGCCUCCCUUCAUCCUUCGCUCCCUCUCCCUCUUGCUUGCUCGCCGGCUGCGGGGCCAAGCUCUCCCCCAGCGCUCUCGGGAAGGAAGAAGGGGGGCCAAAGACGCCGACAAGUUCCCGCAGCAGCCGCAGAUCCCGGCCCAGGUGGAGGCUGCGGCUCCGACGGGGCAGGAGAGCGCUCCUCGGCGGAGCGCGCGGCCAGACCGUCCCAGGCUGGGGGGCGCCCGGGCCUUUCGCUGUCCGCGGGGCGGAGGGCCGGGAUCCCAUGAGACGCGCCCGUAAGGGGCGAGAGAGCCGAAGCCCGGGCGGCGAGAGGCAGAGGCGGAGGGCGGUGCUGCAGCUGCUGGAAGCCGGGGUCGGCCGGCAGGAGGCGGCGGAGAGAACUUGAACUUGGCGUCGGGAGCGGGCGCCCCGGACGCCCCCCGCCGGGGCCGGGGCGCCGAGGGACCUGGGCCGCAGCGCUGCUCCCCGAAUGGCCGCGGCGGCGGACCGGGCUCCCUCGCCGCGGCCCUAGGCGGCCUCUCGCCAUGGCCAAGUGGCUGAACAAGUACUUCAGCUUGGGCAACAGCAAGACCAAGAGCCCCCCGCAGCCGCCGCGGCCGGACUACCGCGAGCAGCGGCGCCGGGGCGAGCGGCCCUCGCAGCCCCCCCAGGCUGUGCCGCAGGCCUCGGCGGGCGCCUCGGCGUCCUGCGGUCCGGCUGCCGCCUCCUGCUUCUCAACCUCGUCGGGCUCGCUGCCCGACGACAGCGGCAGCACGAGCGACCUCAUCCGCGCCUACCGCGCACAGAAGGAGCGCGACUUCGAGGACCCCUACAACGGGCCCGGUUCGUCGCUGCGCAAACUGCGCGCCAUGUGCCGCCUGGACUACUGCGGCGGCGGCGGCGGCGAGCCGGGCGGGGGCCAGCGCGCCUUCUCGGCCUCGUCCGCGUCGGGCGCCGCGGGCUGCUGCUGUGCCUCGUCGGGCGCAGGGGCUGCCGCGUCCUCGUCGUCGUCCUCCGGCUCCCCGCACCUCUACCGCAGCAGCAGCGAGCGGCGGCCAGCCACCCCUGCCGAGGUGCGCUACAUCUCUCCGAAGCACCGCCUCAUCAAGGUGGAGAGCGCCGCGGGCGGUGCCGGAGACCUCCCGGGGGGUGCCUGCUCAGGCGGCCGCACCUGGAGCCCGACGGCCUGCGGUGGCAAGAAACUGCUCAACAAGUGUGCCGCCUCGGCCGCGGAGGAGAGCGGGGCCGGCAAAAAGGACAAGGUAACCAUCGCUGAUGACUAUUCGGAUCCCUUUGACGCCAAGAAUGAUCUCAAGAGCAAAGCAGGAAAGGGAGAGAGUGCUGGUUACAUGGAGCCCUACGAGGCCCAGAGGAUCAUGACAGAGUUUCAGAGGCAAGAAAGCGUCCGGUCUCAGCACAAAGGCAUCCAAUUAUACGACACCCCUUAUGAACCUGAGGGCCAAAGUGUCGACUCGGACUCCGAAAGUACAGUCAGCCCCCGACUGCGGGAGAGCAAGCUGCCCCAGGACGACGACAGGCCCGCCGACGAGUACGACCAGCCAUGGGAGUGGAACAGGGUCACCAUCCCAGCUCUGGCAGCCCAGUUUAACGGCAACGAGAAACGGCAGUCAUCCCCCUCGCCUUCCCGGGACCGGCGGCGCCAGCUUCGAGCUCCGGGAGGGGGCUUCAAGCCCAUCAAGCAUGGGAGCCCUGAGUUCUGUGGGAUCUUGGGAGAAAGAGUGGAUCCUGCUGUCCCACUGGAAAAGCAAAUCUGGUAUCACGGAGCCAUCAGCAGAGGAGAUGCCGAGAACCUUCUGCGGCUCUGCAAGGAGUGUAGCUACCUUGUCCGGAACAGCCAGACAAGCAAGCACGACUAUUCCCUCUCCCUGAAGAGCAACCAGGGCUUUAUGCACAUGAAACUGGCCAAAACCAAAGAGAAGUACGUUCUGGGUCAGAACAGCCCCCCGUUCGACAGUGUCCCGGAAGUCAUCCACUACUACACCACCAGAAAGCUGCCCAUCAAAGGGGCCGAGCACUUGUCCCUCCUCUAUCCAGUGGCUGUGCGGACCCUCUGAGCGGACCAGCCCCAUGCUGCUCUGUGACAGGGCCCAGACUUGGAGGAGCCAGAGGCCCCCGGCCACCUUCGCCGGCCACGUCCAGUUUGUCGUGUGUAUGGUACUAGCACACCACUGCAUGUCUCUAGAAUGCUGUUGCCACUCUUGGGGGCUGGAAAAAGCCUGGAUAAAGACAGCAGGACAGCCAGCGCGCCACCCCAGCCCCCACCCCCAUCCCCUCCUUGAGUUUCUGUGAAUUAAAAUAUUU